UUCCUACUGUUAAGAAUUAGUAAAACGUUUACUGUUUGACUUUUAGAACUUGUUUGAGAACGGAUCUGAGGUAGUGAUUUGAACCAACGCGAACCAGAGCUCGCGGUCGUGGAAGAGGUUUUGAGGGCCGCCGACAGUUCAUUACGUUUCUGAGAUUUUGGUAAUACAGCGACAAUGGCCAUGUUCUGGUUGAUGCUCGUUGUGUUCGUUUGCUUUUCUGUUGGUUUUGGUCAAGAACUGUCGUGUUCAACAGUGAAAAGCGCGUGGAGAUCGAAAAGGCUGACAGAAAGCGAGGUUCCUCCAUCGGCCGUUGAUGGUAAGCAUUUGUUAGUGCCAUACCAACGGAGGAGUGCUUCAUGAAUAUGUGGUCUUUUCUGUGAUUUCCUCAUUUUGUUUUAGGUGUAUUACCCUGCAUGGGGUGGUAUUUAGGCAAGUUCAACUUUCAGUUUGAUGAUAUCUAACUGUAUUUUGUUUUUUAGGAAAUGACCUUCGUAUAUGCCCUAAAGACAACGGCAAGCAAUGCUGCUCGCGAAGAAUGGAAGAUCGCUUCGCCAGCCUUGCGCGCGGCGACUUCGAUCAAGCGGUGUCCAAAAAAGUUGAAGAACUGGGGAAUCUCUUUGCCGUCCAGGCCAAAAUAUUUGACGGUAAGCUGUUCGCAGUAAAAUGUACAAAGUGUGAAAGAGUGUGGAUUAAGUUUGCGACUGAAAAAUCCGCUAAUGGAGACUCAUUUGGCGUGUGCAUGCCGAGUUGAGCCCAGCUUUGUGUGAAAUAAGCUAAGCUUUCGUUUUAUUGUAAUAUUAUGCUUUUCUCUCCCGGUUUUUACCCCUUCGUUUUCGAUUUAUUUCUUAGAUGACGCGUAUAAACAUUUCGCCUCUGGCAUUUUUAGGGUUUGUAAAGGUCAGCCUGCCUAAUAUAGAAUGAAAGGGAUUUGGUGCACAGGAAAUUGGCCGAAAAUCAAAAGUAAACAGGACUGCGUUUUCAUGAUACUUUUACCCACAAGCCUUGAGCAGUAAUUACGGCACUCAUUUCUGUCGCUCGACUCGCUUUAAUCUCCUGAUUGCUGUAACAAGAAAAAAUAAGUAAUUUUUUUCUUGUUAGUGGUCAUUUAGGAAAGCGAAUCGUAGAUCUAAGAUCGAUGAGAAAUGAGUAAACUUGCACGUACUUGCGGCAGUGUUGGAAGUAACAUAGCUCUCAAAAACUGCCAUGUAACCUUAUCUUCAUAUCUCUUUGGAAUGUCGGAGAAAACAAGCUUAAAAAUUAUCAGUUUCGUGUGUUAAUCUACCACAAUGAAACGAACGCUUCCUUAAAAAUCCUUUUCUUUCGUCCAUUUCAUAAACCUUAAAAUCGCUUGCACGUUUCACGGCGCGAAAGUUUAAUCACAAAAGGCUGCGAUACCAUUUUGAAAUGAACUCGGCAGAUCUGCGUGUCGGAGCGACGCAAAGUCUUUCCACAAGUUUGAAGUGUCGGUGUUAUGUUACAUUUGCUACCUCACGAAAUUUUUUUGGGCGAGAAUCGUGCUCGUUUGAGGCAAUACAAGAAGAAUGUCAUGCUGUCUUGAGUGGGGGUGCGAACAAUAAAGUUUAUAAAUCAGUGUUCAGUAACCACAUGGGAGCAUGUUAUGGAACAAGCGUUUAGAAAACCCCCCCUUCGAGAGGUCACAAGAAUAGUUUGUUAUUUCUUUAGCAUUUAUCUGAAUCGUGUUGGACAAAACCAUCACAUGUGAGUGGUAAAUUUAGAAAAUGAGUUUUGUUUGUCACAGUUGCAUUCGCCUGGGGCUAUUGUACAUUUAAAUUAAAAAAGAUGAAAUCUUUGGUUUUUUUUAUUAAUCUUCGAUUGUUUUCAUGGAUUCGUGGUUUACUCGGCUAACAAUGUGUGCAUGAACCCAAAUUAUAUAUCCAGUUAUAUUGCUGAGAUAAGAUACUCGCUGAAAUCUCAAAUCGGGAGAAAGUUACGCAUUCUUAACUCUUCAAAGGUGUAAUUUACGACCAAACAUAGGCGAAAUAUUGGCCGUGAACUUUUAUGUAAACGAUAUUUUUAAGUAGUUAAACACUAUUUCUUUGACGUACUAGAUUUUUCUGUACUGUGGUAGAGCUGAAAUAAUGCCAAACCAUUUGUAUCAGAGAUUCUGAUGUUUUUUUUGUCAGGUCCUUGAAUAUAAGUCGGUUACAAAGAAGGUUUAUGAUUAAUCGCGGAAGUGAACUCUCGCUGCGGCCUUCCUAAUUCCGACAUGUUCGAGGAAAGUGUUGGUAAACCAUGAAGACUUUACUGAAAUUACUGAUUCUUUGAGGUCUUGCCUAACGGAAUUGGAACUUAAUUGGAUUAAAGCACAUUAUUAUAAAUACACAUUGCUAAUUAUGAAAUGCAAACACACUUUUUACAGCGUUGUACGGCGUGGCGAGGUCAAAAUGUCGUCGCUUGGCGCAUUUCAAUUUAGCACCUCAUCUUAAGUUUAAAUGGACACUUAUUACAUAAUUCUUAACUAGCAAAACCCAUUUGGCGCACAUCCACACUUUCGAAAUCUAACCAGGGACAGUUUAAGCAAAACGAAACAAAUGUGGAGUUUCCUCUAUGCCUAACUCAAAAGGAGAGUUUUGAACCUCUGAUGGUAGCAGCCUUGAAUAUUGCUAUGUUUGCAGUGUGUUGUGUAGGACCAUUGUAGUGGAAAUCUUGAAAUUACUAAUUCAUCAUAAUUUGCAGUGUAAUUUGUCAGUGUCUAGACACAUGAAGAAUGUUAUCUUUUGCAUUAUGGAAAAUACUUGCACAACUUUAAUCACAGCUGGUUACCUGCAAUCUUUUUGCCUUCGUAAGCAAACAAAUUGUAGAAUAAAUAACGAUUUUGUGGUGUCAUGUUCGCAAGUAUCCUAGAUGGUAUUGAAAUUAUGAAUUUUUGUGUUUGACGAGUGCAGAAAACUGGAUAAUCCGCAGAGAAAGAAUUUCAUGUAUUUAACCCUUUCAUGACAGUCUUUAUACUGUAGUUUUUGAAGUUAAAGAAAGUAUGUGGAUAAGUCUCCGUUUUUUAGUAGAUAACAUUAUUUAGCAAAUAAAUUCCAAAACUUAGAGUAACAAUUUCUAAAAAUUAAAUAUUUUGUUUAAAUUGCUUGAACUUCAUCAGUGAUGUAAAAUGAGGUUUGCUAACAGAUAGUUGUUUUGUAAUCCCAGGAGGGAAUUGUGAAUGGCUUGGAGAUCCUAUCCCUUGCCCUAUUCAGCUAAGGUUUUCUUUAUUCAUUUAGUUUUUGAUAAUCUAUAAAUGGUAGCUAUUAUGUCAAUGAAUAGUCAACCUUAGGUUCAUGUAAAUUCUAACAUGACUCCCAGGUUUUAGGGUCAAAAAUGCACUUUUUCCACAAGUCCACUCUCUCACAAUUGCCAGAAGAGACUUAAGCACGUAGAAAACCAAACCAAAUAUGACCAGAAAGCCUUGGAGUCAUGUUAGAAUUUUAAUAUAUGGAACAUGGGUUAUUACAUCACCUUAAAUCCUCUAUAAAGCCUCCCAGGCAGCUUAUUUUUUUCAAGCCCAUUUGAGGUUGGGGGGUGCUUAGCUGGCCAAAGACAGCAAGCUGGUGGUAGUAUCCAGUGGCAACCAGCCAUUGCUGACAACCAUGGAUACACAAGAAAAAUUUUUUAUUCAUUAGGUUCUUAACAAAUCAUAAUCAUUAUUAUUUUGAAUUUUGAAACAAAUUCUUUUUUUUGUUUUGGUGUUUUGAUCCGAGCAAGUUUAUUUAGAAAACACCAGAUAUGUUUUCUAUAUUUAAAAAAUGGGAGUCACAAUGAAACAGCAACCUUAGCAACAUUUCUUACAGUUUAAUGCAAAACCAGAAUUACUAAUGAUGUCAUAUAAUUAUUUUUAGAUCAUUGUGUAGUAUAUUGUUUUUGCAAAGUGACAGUUUUUUUUUUCCCAAAGCAAAAGGUGUUUCUGCUUCAACAAUGAUGUAGUCUUUUAGCUUGUCAUCUUAAAUUUAGUUGCUAAGAAGUGAAGUGCAUUUUUAAUCAAUUUUUUUUCUACCAAGUUUAAAACUCAGUGAAGUUGAUCGAGGCUCUGCACUAAGAAAAAUCAAAAGGAAAAAUCAAGGUUGCCCAGCAUAGGAUUUCUAUGAAAAAGCUAAAAGUGCCCAGUCCGAAGAUGAUCAUGAUGAUGACAGUAAAAAAAAUUAGGAGCAACAAUAUUGUUAUUUAUUGCUAGUAUAGCAUCAUUUCCUUUUGGAUAUUGUGUGUAUAUCCAAGUAAAUUUGUCAUUUGGAUUCAGUUGAAUAAAUCAUUAUUUUUGAUUAUGUUUGAUUCAAACUGAGUAUCACCAAUUCAAGUUUCAUGUUCACAACACUUCUGGACUACCAAUAAGCUUAAUUAUUAACAUAUGCCCAAAAGAAAAUUAAAUAAUAUUGUCAAACACAAAACAACUUAAUAUUUGUAUACAUUAUAAAUAUUGCGUACAGUAUUGUUUGUAUUCACAGAGUGAACCAAAAUUCUAAAUCACAGGACUGAUGUAAUCUUGUACCUAAUUUUUAGUUAAUAUGACAGCUGUAUAUCAUGCUUGUACACAUUUUCCAACACACAGGGUGUUAAUUAGGCAUCAGAGAUCAGAGAACUCUCCGUUUACUCAGGGCAGAAUUCUCCAGCUAACGUUCGGUAGCCUAUGACUAUUUUUUAUUCAGACAUGGAACCUCUGUCACAUUAUUCUCCUAUAAUGUUACACCUUUCUCCAUCUACUAGAAUUCUUAAUGAAAACCCUGAACACAACUUUUGCCAUCACCUGCUCUUGUCUGACUUGCUAGACAUUUUUAUUUUCUGGCAUUUGGAUAUCAAUGAAUACUACUAGCGUUCAAUUCACUGUUAUUAAAAAUCAAUUGUGGGAAAUUCAUUUUCUAUAGCAUGUGGUAUAUGUAUUGUUAUGUAACUGAGGAGUUCUAGAUUUUCCAAAACUGCCCCUUCCAGCAGUCAAGUCUCUCUAGCAGUUUUUAACUCGUUAAAAGUUUAUUUCUGAGAAAACAAACGAUAUUGGCCAGAAGGGGUAAACUGCCAUUCAGUAUUGGACACAAUCAUGCAUUACCGAUCCUCAAAGAACAUCUAUAACUCUCACUAACUGAGUUUGAGCCCUGUACUGUAAUUAAAUUUUCUUUCAUGUUUUGGUAAUCCCAGUGAGGUUUAAAUACCAAAGACCUUAAUUUGCACAAGAAAGAAAAACCCUGAAUCAUUCUGGUAGUUCAUGGGAAUAAUUGCCAAACAAGUAACGACAGAAACCAUGCAAUAAAAUUAGUUAUUUGGGAUGAUGUAAAGGUUGUUUGUUGAAUCCUGGUAUUCUUGGUUUAUACAAUCUCUUUUGAACCUUAACAAGGCUGUGCUCUAAGGAAAAUUGAAGGGAGCCCAGUGUUCUGAAACUGUAAAAUCUAGGGUGCCCAGCAUAUGAUUUGUAUGAAAAAACUAAGAUUUGCUAGUCGCCCAAGAGCAAAAGUUAGGCGCCACGGGCCACCGGGCUCUGCUAGAGCACAGCAAUCACUUCAUAAUUCAUAUUGUUGUUCUGUUACAAUCAAGACCUUUACGUAGUUAAAUGACAUGUCAAUUCUGUAUACCAGAUACAAUUUUCUUUUCAAAGCACCUGCAGCACCUUUGAGCAGAGCCUUUUUUUGCUUUCUUGAGUAAAAAAGAGAAAAGUAGACUCUGUCUGAAUUGCAUCCAGCCCUUGAGGUCACUGCAGCCCAAACUUCCAGACUAGACAAGUUGUUUUCUAUUGUAAAACUGUUUUUUCUAUUGCGAGUAUCCCUUUCACUCAUAAAGUGAUGGGCAAAACUGAACCCACUGUAGCAGGCACACAGCUAUUAGGCCUACAGUGCGCAAAGAAAGUUGUCUCGAACAGCCCAAGGCUUGUGGAUUUUACUAUCAGGCUAGUGUAUUCUAUUUUUAACUUGCCUGAUGGGCAAAUGAAGCACUAUUACUUUUGGGCUAGUACAUGCUAGUUACAGCUUGUAUGAAUGGCAAGCUGGCAAGUUUCAUUAGUAGUCAAUUAAUCAAUAUUGUAUUAAUAGUAGUUUAUUAUGUAAUUUUAGUUGGUAGAUUAUAUUGGCAGUUAAUUAAUUAAUCGAUACUUUUUAUUACUUUAAUUGUGGGAGGGCCAUUAUGAAAACUACUGGGUGACCAGUAAUCAAUGUCUUUACCCUCGUUAAAUAAAGUUAUUACUUACCUACUAAAACUGACUUUCUUUGUAUCCUGGCCUGGGUGCAAAACAAUAUCCUAGCAACAUGCAGGGCUCAAAUAAUUUCUGGAGAGUCUCCAGACACAAUGACCGGCCAAAUUUAUUUUAGCUUGGUCGAGUAUCGUUUCUGGAAGGCCAAAUUUUAAGGCUAAAAGUAACUCUUAAAACAAGUGCCAAUAAACCAAAACUGGCGUUAUGUAUUUCCAAUUAGUCGUUGCUUAACUAAUAAAAGUGAAAAUCUUUUUACUUUUGGGACUUGAAGUGUGUGAACCCCAAUUAUGUCUGUUUCAAUGUGUGAAUUAUAAACAAUGGUUCUAGUUGCAUUUCACCGACCAUUUCAGAUCAAAGUUCCGCAGUACAUAGUGACUUGCUACCUACUGAUAACAACUAAAACAACUGAACAGCAUGGAAAUUUUAAUUCAUUUCAUUUUUAAUACGAUCCAGUGUGACUGGUCAACCUGACUGGCAAGGCGAAAGGUUUACUGGUCAACUUCCCAAUCAGCCCGGACAUUGUCUGUUAACCAGCCAUUAUUUUGAGCCCUGACAUGCCGCGCAUGCUCCUUAAGGAUCUUACUCCAUUCAUGCAGAGCCUUUCUCGAGUGCGCCAAAAGCGAGCAAACAAGAUUAAGGCUCUGCUGGAAAGGUGCACCUACAUUAGCUUGUCUCUGACCUCCAUUGUUACUUUUUCACUUUCUUCAGAUUACUUCCAGGAACUCAUCAAGAAGUCUCAGCAGGAUUUAGACUCAACGUUCAAAAAGAUUUAUGGCGUGCACUAUGAGCAAAACACAAAAUUAUUCAUGGACUUUUUUGUGGACCUUACAAGUUAUUACAGGGGAACAACUGGGUCUGACAUCAAUGGCAUAAUGGAUGCAUUUUUCACCAAGCUUAUGGGUCGCAUGUUUCAGAUAAUGAACACUCAGUACAAGUUCACUGAGUCAUACCUUAGCUGCGUAUCGCGACAAGUUGAUGAGCUGCGACCAUUUGGAGAGGUACCAGAAAAACUGAAGCCACAAAUUAGGAAAGUGUUAAUCCAUGCCAGAACUUUUUCCAAAGCUCUCUUUGACGGUCGAGAUGUUAUUCACAUGCUCAAAACUGCUGUUUCUGCCUCUGAAAACUGUAAGAAUCACCUUGUCAAACUCAAGUAUUGUUCAUGGUGCAAAGCAAUGACUUCCUUGAAACCUUGUUAUAAGUUUUGCACUGAUGUACACAAAAGUUGUCUAGUGGACAUCACCAGAGUAAACACCCUAUGGCAGGGCUACAUUGGAGCUUUGAAUGACCUCUUGGAGAAACAAACUGGUCCUACCAACAUACAAGAUGUGAUUUCUAGAUUAAACUUAAAGAUUUCUCUAGGAAUCAUGAACUUUCAGGACUCACAAAAGAUGGAAGAAGUAAAGAAAAAGGUAAGGAAAUGGACUAGUUGGUUCUCUGAAAAGUUUUGCUCUUGUUUUGCCUAUUUAAUUGAAGCCAAGAUAGUAAAGAGCAUACCGAAUGUAUUUGGCAUUUUAUUAAGAGGUUUCCACAACACUGUGUUGGCUUGUGUUUGCUUGGUCCUUAAGCCAAGAGUGAUUAGCAUUGUAUAUCUCCUUCUUAGAUCAUCAGUGUUAUAAAAAACAGCGGUCAUGAGAAUUAAGAAAAUGCUUGCAAAAGAUAAAUAGAGAAUAUUACACGGUGGCGCAAAGAUAUCAAUUUUAUUUUCGAGUGGCAAAACAAUAUUUUAUUAACGAGCGCAGCAAGUGAGUAAAUUAUUGUUUUUGCCACGAGAAAAUAAAUUCAAAUCUUCAAGUCGCCGUGUAAUGUUCUUUUUAUUAUAUAAACAAAAAGACAUCAAUAAAAUAAUAGAGGGAAAUUACCGAAAUUACGUCAUCGAUAAACUCACAUGUGAGAUUAUGGAAAAUAAACCACUCGGGUCCCGGAUGUAGUUUUUAUGAAUUUUACAAGUGGUAUAUUUUCCAGUAAAACGCUCGUGUCUAUGUAAUAAAUUAAAUUUAUUAUAUGGCUAAGUCUGUUUUUGCCAUGCGAUUGGUCAAUUUGCAGUUCAUAACUUGCUAUUUGGACCAAAACAAAACAAAACUGAGCUAACCGCCGCCCGGUUAGCUCAGUUAGGAGAGCACCGGUCUGCUGAGCGGAAGGCCAUAGGUUCAAACCCCGGCCGGACCAACACUCAGGAUCUUUAAAUAACUGAGGAGAAAGUGCUGCCUUUGUAACAACAUCUGCAAAUGGUUAGACUUUCUAGUCUUUUUGGAUAAGGACGAUAAACCGUAGGCCCCGUCUCACAAGCCCUUGCACAUGUAAUAAAUUUGUGGGACGUUAAAGAACCCACACACUCCUCAUAAAGAGUAGGGCACGUAGCGCCCGGUGUAGUGGUCUAUCUCAAUUUCACACUCAUGUGUGGGGGCAUCAUUACUCAUUCCUUCAUUACUUGUAAACUGCACCUUAAGCAGUCUGGCAAAGUCCCCCAACCGGUGUUGUAAAUUAUCCCUGAAAAGCCCUGUGGGGAGUGGAUAAUAAGAUAUUUACAAUUUACAAUUUCAAGAGCAAAUGCUCAUUUCGCAGUGUCUUUUAAACUUAGAUGGGUAAAAAAAUACCCUAAAACAAUUACGCAAGUACGUUUUCGAAAGUUGUCUUAGUGACAGCUAAACCUAAGGUUGUGGCAAACUUAAAGAACUCAUGGAAAAAGUCAUGAAAUUUGAAGAGCACAAAAGAGUACAAACCCUGUUUGCAAUAUGUGACUCCAUUAAUUUUGUUGUCUGCUUCUUUAAGCUAGAGGCUGUGACAAAAAAGUUUUUUUCAAGAAAUUUGUUUUGUCCGAGUGCCUAGAUCAGUAUGUUUUGCUUAAGCAUUUCAAACCAGCGUCAGCUUCUUGCACUAUGGGCAGUUAUAAAUUCUUGACAUGAGGAGGCUUGUUUAAGCCUUUAAACCCUAAGAUCAAAAUUCAAAUUCUCAUUUGUUAUCCCUACAAGUUCUCAGUAGAAGUAGUGGGGAGAAUUUGUUGAAGUAUCAAUUAGAAUUAUCUAGUGUGAUCAUGUCCUUAAUUCUCAUGACCACUCUGUUUUACAAAGCGUAGAUAUAUCAAGGAGAAAUUUGAUGCUGAUUGCUCUUAGGGCUUAAAGGGCUAUAGGUACAUGUUCAAAAGCAUAGUUCAUCUGUGCUAUUUUUGUAGGUCUUCCAAGCUGCAGAGUGUGGUAGUCCGAGGGUAUCAAAGAGAUCUACAGCUGACUUUUUUAUUGAAGGAAGCGAUAGACAGAGAAGAAAUAGUGAUAUGAUGACGUUAGCAAGAACGGAUUCUUCAAAGGGCAGCUUUGACAAGUAAUUACUGUUCCUUUUAUGAAAUAGUUUAAUGGUUGAACGUUACAUCUGAAUGUGAAAGAGGCUUUCAUAGUUUGAAUGAAAGCACAAAGCCAGGUCACCAGUCUUUAAAAUAUGACAUCUGAAUGUUAAAAACAUCAUAUCUAUGUGGCUAAACUGCAUGUUGCUGUUACUCACUUUGUAAUGGGGUUGUUGAGGGUUGUCAAAAGUAGCUGGCUGCCAGCGAAAAUCGCCACUUACUUGGUUAGUAUCGGCCGGCUACUCUGCUUGGCAUUUCUUUACAGAUGGUGUUUUUCAAAUAAAAUAUCCCUGCACUCGCCACUUACUUUGACAACUCAGCUUUCUAUGUCAAAACUUUCUGACAACCCUGGUUGCUGGUGGUGGUGAAAAAACAAUACAAUAACAAUAAGAAAACAUACAAAUUGUUGUUCAAAACGUAUCCAUUCACCCCCACCUCCCAUCCCUUUGGAAAUUGUAGUUUAGGCUAAUACUUGCAUUUUUUGAGACCCCCCCCUCCCUCCCCAGCAACCUCCAAAAAUAGCUCAAACAGCAAAACUGAAAACUUUAUACCCCUCCUCCCAAUGGCAGUGGUAAAAGUUAAAUGAGUGCAGAGUAAAAACAGCUCUGUUUAUUCAGUUAUUUCUUAGUGUUAUCCUUUUACUAGUUAAGGACUGUUUUUGGUUCUUAUACUCGCAAUUCAAUUAGGGGCCGACCAUUUAACUCUUGAGGGUGGGGGUGGGUGAUUUCUGGUCAUCAAGAAUUUUUUUUUCUAGCAAUAUGGUGGGCAGGAUAUUUUUUCCCUUUUUUUCCCCAUAAGCUCUCUAUUACAUUUGUGCUGCAUGCAAUUUUUUUCUUCCGACAAGCGCUUGCAGGAAAUUUUUUUUCAAAAUCACCCACCCCCCCUCAAGAGUUAAAUGGUCGGCCCCUUAUCUAUUUUUCUUUCUGAUCGUUAGACUGACAGGCAGUUUCAAAUCAAAAAUGAAAGCCGCAGAUAACUUUUGGAGUACUCUUCCAGAUAAUGUUUGUGGUGACAUUUCUGUCAAACAGAACUCUGAUUGUUGGAAUGGUGUUGGAAAAGGGAGGUAAGCAAUUUAAACAUUCUUGAAAGAAAAAUAUUACUGGUAUGAACUUAAAAUAAUUUGAACAGAUUCCAGCUUUUGAAUGCAUAGCCGUUCCCUUAUUUUUUAUCCUAACAAAUUUCACAUCCUUAAUAGUACAGUUUAGUUUGUGUGUUUGAUGAGAAAAUUGCAUCAGUUGACAAAAUAUGCAAACAUACUUUGCUGGUAUAAUUUAACGCUAUCUUCCCAACAGCUUUGUACAUUAAUUUACAAUGGUUUUGUGUUGUCGUUUAUGCCUAAAUGUUUUUAGUUUUCAACCAAUGAUCAUCACUGUCUGAAACCAGUCUGGAGGCUGAUUAGUGCUAACCCAAGGUUAAAUUGUAACCUGGUUUCUUUAUGUGUUGUUAAAAAACAUUUUCUUUGAUAGAGCAUCCAAUCAUCAUCAUAAUUCAAUUCAAAGUAGACAGACUGCAAAUUAUCUUAGUUGCUAAAAAAUAUAUAUCUAUACGUGUAGGAGCCAUACGUGUGCUAACACAUGGCUAAACUAGAAAUAGCAACUUAAAUAAAUAUAGGUCUGCUAGGAUAACUCCUGAAGGAAUUACUUACACCAACCAUAGAGGCCUGUAUCGGGGACUUGCACGACGUAACCAGCCGUCCACCAGCGUACAAAACCAAGACUGUACAUAACAAAGUAGACAGACUGCAAAUUAACUUAGUUGAUAAAAAAUGUAUAUCUACGUGUAAGAGCCAUACGUGUGCUAACACAUGGCUAAACUAGAAAUAGCAAUCUGUAGACGAAAAGAAUAAAAAAUGAAUUGGCUUGUUGUGCUUCCAUUUGUGAAUGCAAAUUCCUCCUCCUCUGAAAAGGGGGGGGAGGGGCUUAUUUGAGAGAGGGGGCUUAAUAGAGGAUUUACUGUAUUAAAAUAUUGUGACACCUCUCCAUAUCUAUAGUUACACAAGCCCUGGAGAUGGAGGGAAUGACAUCACAGAAGACAUAAAACGAGAAGUACACCAAGCAAUUGUCAAACUUAAAGAAAUAACAGAUCAGUUGAAUGCAGCGAUAAAUGGAGAAGAAAUCAUAGACAACGAUGUUAGUGGAUCAGGGAGUGGUAGUGGUAGUGGGAGUGGAGAUGAAGGGAGUGGAAUAAAUGAGAUUACAGAGAUGCCAGAAAACUCUGUCACUGACAAUCCAGGUACUAACUUAGUUGAUGAUGAGGAAGCAAGUGAUAAUGUGUUUGGUGGAGGAGUUGGGAAACCCAGUCCUGGAAAACGAAGGAAUAUUGCAUCCCAGCAUCAUGCAGAAGUGUGGCUUUUAGCCUCUCUGCUUUGGGCCUUCUUGGGCAUUCUAAUUGCAUAACUAGAUUGGAACACAUAUAUUACAGUAAUUGUGUCCACAGAAAAAGGAUUUGCAGUAAAGUUUUAUACCAACUGCCCAUGAAACAUUGGUCACUUGAUAUAGUACAGUACACUGCAAAAGUCUUGCCACACUCAAACUCCCAAAGGGGGCAACUAUAAAUUUAAGAGUGAACAUUUACAAGCUUUUAUUUCCAGGGGAUUAUUUUUUACAGAAAGUUGUCACAACAAAAUGUAAAUUAAUUUGUAAAUUUUUAAGCUUGCCUUUGACUGAGUGAAGACAUAACUUUUGUAUAAAUUCAUUUUUAUUUGAAAAUCCAGAAGGAUGAAUAUGUCUGCUAAACUAAUGUACGUAUGGUUUGCAAGACAUGCAAACUAUUCAAUAAUAUUGUGUAUAUAGAGUACCAGUACAUCAUGUUAGCUACAAGAACAAAAUAUGGUUUGGGCAAGAAGAAAUAAGAAACACCAUUAGGUUUGAGGCAGCAUGAAGAAACUUGCAAUUUUGCUGCAUUUGCAGAAGCCUGCUCCAUUCGUUCUUGCGCCAUUACUUUCAAGCGCCUACGUUGCAGCCGGCCCAUGCACUUGUCUAAACUAUUUGAAUAGUACAGAAGGGUUAGAACGUGUGCAAUGCAGGCAACUCUGCAGGCUACAUUCCCAGUAACCUUCAAACCCUUGAAGAGGGUGGGAAUUUACAAAAACCAUUACUUUUGAAAGACAAUACUUCAGACAUAGCAACCAUGAAUUUCCCAAAAAUUGACUACCGUCAUUUGUGAUACUUAUCUUUUUAAAAACAUAAAUGCCACAAGUUGACUAAGCCUCCCCCAAGAAAAAAAAAUGCAACAACCAAAUUGCAGUGUGACAAAAAGCAUUACAAGGUACUUUGACUUUUAUGGAUUGAGAACUGGGCUAAUUUACUAGUGUGGCUAUUGUUUUCAUACUCUCAAACAAUAGCUACACUGUCUUGUAAAUUACACAUGUAAAAGUUUUAUGAAAUUGACCCCCGCUUAGUUUUUGACCCUUCUAAUGAAAAGCCUGCAUAAAUGGCAUAUACUUAUUUAUGUGUAUGUUUAGUCAAGACCUCAGUGUCUUCAUUUUGUUUGAAGUUUGGUUGCUUUAUUACCAAGGGAACCAUGUGUAGUUGGCAGGUGUGGAAUUUUUUGCAGGAAGAGGUUUUACUGGUGACCAGUUUCACAAAUGGGGUUAACUUGUGGCAUUUAUUGUUAUGUUGAUAUCCGAAGUGUAUUUUUUUACCAAUCAAUUAUACAUGUUUUGGAAGGGGCUUAUUUUGUCAGAGAAUCUCCUGAAAAAAAAAUUACUAAUCCACAAUGAUAUAAAUUAUUACUGUGAACAUUUUGUUUGCAACCUUGGAAGUGCUGCAUAUGUAUUUGAAAAAAAAGAAUCUGAGCACGAGGCCACAGUCAAGUUUGCCUAUCAAGAAUUAUGUGAACAGGUUUUUUUGUCAAAUCUAACAAUAUUUGUGUCGUUGUUAAACAAGGGUUUUAAAAAACCUUUAUCUUGUAGAAUAGUCGCAUCAUGUUUAAUGUAAUUUCUACAUUGCUCAACAGAAAUAGAGUUGGGUAACAGAAACAGGUUUUCAAAAUCUUUGUGAGGAAACCAUGUUUCUUGUAGAGGGCCUUGGUCCACCAAGGCACUCUUUCAAUUCCUUAUUCACAGUAGCCUGCCAGCAAGGUCUCAAUUUUGGGAUAUCAAAAGAAUGGUGCCAAUCAGCAGCAUGCAAAAGGGGACCUGAGAGCUGGGGAUUCCCCAGCCCUCUUGCUCAUCCAAUCUCUUGUGGAUUGCCUUGCUUGUAACUCAAUUUGGAGAGCUUGCUUACAGACUCUCCACAUUAGUAAGGUCUUCUUAGCUAGUGAGUGAUUGGCAGAAACCAAUGCAAUGGAAUGCUGAUCUACAGAACUAUUUGCUCACUUUUUUAAAGAACCAUGAGAAAUGUUUUUGAAGUGCUGUUAGUUUCUACCAUUUGAACUUUCACUUACAGAUUUCAUGCAGAGACUUAAGAUCUCAUCUUACACAGAACAGUAAUAUUUAAGAGUACCAAAAGAAUAGAAUGGUUUGGAAAUUGUUUGUCCACGGGACUUGAAAAGAACCUUUUAUAGCAUGAAAUUAAAGUACUCUAAGGUCAGAACCACAUAGACAAAUCGUUUGGUUUGGUUUUUAUAUUGAAAGCAAAAGGUUUUGGAUUAUGCAUUUAUUACAUCUGUCUACAACAUAAAAAGAGAUAUAUGUCACUAUUAAGGUUUGAAACAUUAAAAAGAACUUGUGAAAAAAUCUCACCUUUCUUUUUGCCAAGUCUCAUUAAACCCAGCCUCAUUAUAAAAUUUUUUAUUAAUUUAUAAUACUUUUCUAUUGUGACAUGAAAUGGGUCUCUUGUUGUAAAACUACGUUGUGAAAACUGUUCACAUUUAUCAUUAAAGGACUACCCAUUUGUGGUUUCAAGGAGUGAUUGAAUUUUUGUUUUCAUGGUUUGAAAAGAAACUGACAUCUGGUGAAAGGUUUUGUUUGUCUUUGUUGUGUUUUGUU